AUGGCACCAUCUACGAUUUGGCUCACAGCAGUCUUGGCUGCUUCGUCAAGCGCUUCACCGUUGCUGACUCGGCGGGACCUUGACGUGCUAGCAGAGGCUGAUCUUGAGGGUAUCACCUCAUCUGUGAAGAGUCUCUUCCUUCAAAGCUCAGGAGCACCCAAGAACGAGACCUCUCGAUGCAAGGUCUACCCAGGCGAUGCUGCAUGGCCGUCAGACGAGGCAUGGUCGCAGCUGAACAAGCUGACCGACAACCGCCUGCUUUCAAGACCUACACCUCUCGCUGCUGUCUGCUACCCCUCUCAUCCGGACUAUGAUGCAGAGCAGUGUGCGACCUACUCGGCGACAUGGACCCAAUCGUACACGCAUAUGCACGAUCCUAUCGAGAUGAUGUCUCCGGUCGCACAGGGUAUGACUUGUACUGCGCCAGUCAUCUUCGACAGUCACAACUGCACUCGAGGAGGGUUUCCUGCUUACGUCGUCAACGCCACAGAGCCAAAGCAUGUUCAGCUCGCCGUCAACUUCGCCAGGAACUCAGGCGUCAGGCUCGUUGUCAAGAACACCGGCCAUGACUUCCUCGGUAAGAGUGGUGGCAAGGACGCUUUGAGCAUCUGGACACACUACAUGAAGGAUAUUGAGUAUAUCGAAGAGUACGCAGAUGGUGAGCUUGGCUACUCUGGUCCUGCGUUCAAAGCUGGCACUGGUGUGCAGGCCUUUGAAAUCUACAAGGCUGCAGAUGAGAAAGGCAGGGUUGUUGUUGGUGGAGAGGGCGAGACAGUUGGUGUUAUGGGGGGCUACAUUCAAGGAGGUGGCCACUCGCCGCUGACUGGUCUAUAUGGUACUGGCGCUGACAACGUGCUUGCCUUCGAGGUCGUCACUGCCGACGGCGAGUUUGUCGUAGCCAACUCAACCUCGCAUACUGAUCUCUUCUGGGCGCUCCGUGGCGGAGGAGGCAGCACUUUCGGUGUUGCAACGUCUGUCACUGUCAAGGCUCAUCCCGACCUUCCCGUGACGGCCUCGCGCUUCAGCUUCUCGUCCAAGCAGACGGGCAACGAGACGUUCUGGUCUGCGAUCCGCUCCUACCUCGACAUCAACAUUGCAAACGCGGACGCAGGAACGUACACUUACUGGAUGAUUAUCCCGUCGAACGGCUCCUUCACCUUCCAGUUCUCUCCUUUCUUCGCACCAAACAAGACGCUUGAUGAAGCCACCGCUCUCUUGCAACCCUGGUUCAACAAGCUUGACAGCCUGAACAUCACCUACGCGCCCAACAUCACCCACUUCGACACAUACUACUCCGCCUGGCGCUCUUCAUUCCCUCUCGAGUCGGUCCAGAAAGCCAACGUCGCCACCGCCUCACGACUGUUCCCUCGCGCCAACUUCGUGACGACAGAGAAGCGUCAAGAGCUAUAUGAGAACAUCCGCUCCUCCAGUGAGAAGGGCCGCGUGCAAGUGCACUUCAACAUGCAGGCCAAAUCGAACAGCGACAACGCCGUCAACUCGCACUGGCGGCCCCUCGUCUCCUUCUCCAUGCAGUCUGUGCGCUGGCCCAUCAACAGCACGGCGGAAGAGAUCCUGCAGAUACGCAAGGAGUUCCAGGAAGUGGACAUGCAGAAGUGGCGCGACAUCAGCCCUGGCGCGGGGAGCUACCUCGCCGAGGCGGACAGACUGGAGCCCGACUUUGGCCCGGCGUUCUGGGGCGACAAGUACCCGCGGCUGCAGGCGUUGAAGAGCCAGCUGGACCCGCAGGACGUGUUUUUCGCCACGACGGGCGUCGGCAGCGAGCGGUGGAGGGUGGAGAGCGUCGACGGGCUGCCGAACGAGAACGGCAAGCUGUGUCGGGUUGAGUAA